AUGUCAACCAACAUUUCUCAAUGUCAUCUCUACGAAGAAAUGGAACCUUUUACCUAUUUUUACUAUUUGAUUUUUCUUAUGGGAAUUAUUGGAAGCUGUUUCGCACUGUGGGCAUUCACACAGAAGGACCAGAAACAGAAGUGUAUGAGCAUCUACUUAAUCAACCUCCUCACUGCAGAUUUCCUGCUGACUUUGUCGCUGCCAGUGAAGAUUAUUGUUGACCUAGGAAUUGCAUCCUGGAAUCUGAGAAUAUUCCACUGCCAAGUCACGGCCUGCUUCAUCUACCUGAACAUGUAUCUAUCAAUCAUAUUUCUGGGAUUCGUGAGCAUGGAUCGCUGCCUGCAGCUGAUGCACAGCUCCAAGAUGUACCGCAUCCAGGAGCCAGGCUUUGCCAGGACCCUGUGCGCGGUGGUGUGGGCCAUGGUUCUGCUCAUCACCGUGCCCAACAUGGCUAUUCCCAUCAAGCACAUCGAGGAGCGACCGGGUGUGGGGUGCAUCGACUUCAAAACCAAAUUCGGGAGGGACUGGCACGUGUUCACCAACUUCAUCUGCACAGCAAUAUUCCUAAAUUCCUCGGCGGUGAUUCUGAUUUCCAACUGCCUGGUGGUGCGGCAGCUGCGCCGGCACGGGCGCGGGGAGCGCGGCGGGCGCGUGCAGCAGGCGCUGGCGCACGUCCUGCUGGUGACAGGUGCCUACCUGCUGUGCUUCGUGCCCUACCACGCCGUGCGCAUCCCCUACACGCUGAGCCAGGGCAGCGCCAGCGCCGCCUGCCCCCUGCGACGGGCGCUCUUCAAGGCCAAGGAGGCCACCCUGCUCUUCGCCAUCUCGAACCUCUGCCUCGACCCCGUGCUCUACUACCACCUGUCCAGAGCCUUCCGGCUGAAAUUCACUGAGACCUUUGCAGCCCCCAAGGAGACAAAGGCGCUCACAGCCACGGAGACAGCGCAGCAGAGCCAAGGCGCCGAGCGCGGGGAGCGCCCGACAUCCAGCGGUCGUGGGGCGGCUGGGCAGCCCCGGCACCCUGCCCGGGGCUCCGGGACACCCUGCCCGGGGCUCCGGGACACCCUGCCCGGGGCUACGGGACCCUGCCCGGGCUACGGGACACCCUGCCCGGGGCUCCGGGACACCCUGCCCGGGGCUCCGGGACACCCUGCCCGGGGCUACGGGACCCUGCCCGGGCUACGGGACACCCUGCCCGGGCUACGGGACACCCUGCCCGGGGCUACGGGACACCCUGCCCGGGGCUCCGGCACCCUGCCCGGGCUACGGGACUCUGCCCGGGGCUACGGGACCCUGCCUGGGGCUACGGGACCCUGCCUGGGGCUACGGGACACCCUGCGCGGGCUACGGGACACUCUGCCCAGGGCUCGGCAAUGCCCUCCCCUCGUCCCCUGA